UUCCAAUUAAAUACUUUAUAUUCAUAGUAAUAAAUAACAAAAAUUUAUUAAGGUCUAGUUAUUCAAUCAGAAUCAUAAAUUUCUAGCCCAAUAAAUUAUAAUUAAUAUAUUACUACGUUUGGUAAUUCAUUUGAUGCUCCUUAUAUAUAAAUUUCUUUAUAAAUGGAUUAAAUCGUAUAAUAAAUUUCUAUUUAAUUCCCUACACUUCCUGAAAUAUUAGCUUUGGUAAAUUCUACUUUUGCUUUGCUUCUUACAGUUGGAUUCAUUUUUAAAGCUUUUUCAUAGCAGGAAAUACUUUAAGAUUUUUUUAAAGUCUUUUUGCAAACUAUGUAUUAAGAAAACUAUCAAGAGAUAUUAAAAGAAAGAAAUUUAAUUUAGUAAAACUAAUGCACUCAAGUUGAGGAAAACUCUAACCAAAACCAAGCUGAAUAAAAUAUACAAGAAAAGGAUGUGUCUGACAAUAUUUCCUUGCCUGAAUUUUCUACAAAGUUUAGAAAUUAUUUAGAGUAAGGUUCAUAAACCUAACAUAAGGAAGUGAAAAUUUAUAAUAAAUAGGAUGAAAUCAUAGAAAAUCAAAAAGAUAAAAUUAUUGAAAAUUAAAAAGAUAAUAUGGUUUGUGAAUUUUAUCUCUCUUCUAUUGAGACGUAGAUCGAAAAAAUUAAUUCAACUUAAAAUGAACAAUUAUAAGGGCCGAAAUUAAAUAAGAGUUAGAUUACAUUCAUUUAAGACAGAAGUUUAUGUUAAAAUAUUUAGAACAAAACAAAUAAAAUAAAUUUAAAAAGACCUCAUAUUGAUCAAAACUCAAAAAUAAAAAGCUAUAAAUUUUUUGAGUCUACAUUUAGAGCUAUUUAAGACACAAAUCUUUUUAAUAAAGUAAAAAAAUUUAUGUUCUAAAAAAGAUAAGCAUAUAAAAUACCCAAAAAAUUGUAGCAACUAAUGCAAUUCAUAUCAAGCUUGUUUAAAAAAAAGAAUGCUGAUAAUCAUUAAACAUAUUAAUCUCUAAGUUUAAUCAGAAAACAGAUAAACAAAUAACUUAAUAUUUUAGAUUUUUAUAAAGAUAUGCUUUUUAUAAAGAAAUCUAUAAUGAUGCUUUUAAGCAAAGAGUAGCUAGCUGCAAUAUAGCUUAUAGGAUACUCCUGUUAAUAUGUGACAGAUGAAUUUAACAAAUAAAAAAAUGAAAACUUAAGAAAUAAAAAAUGUAAAAAUUAUUUUGAAGAAUAGUAAGAUAUUUUGAAUUCAUGUGAUUUAAAGUGCAAAUAUAUUAAAAAGUUUUUUAAAAAUAACUCAUAAGAUAAUUUUAAAAAGAAUGACAUCAAUCAUAGAAUAUUAUCUUCAAUAUAAUAUAAAAAUGUUUGA